UGUAUUUGGAGCUGCCGGAAGCCGCGGGCGACUCUCCCCGCGAGCAGCGUGACCGACUCGGGCUCCCGUGCAGGGGGGGAGGCGGAGGCAGCGCCGGGCCUGCGGGAGGAGGGCGCGAGUGGCCGGAGCCUGCUUUGCAUCACCCAAGCCAGGACCUGGGCUCCUCAGCAGAAUGUCGGACAUGUUGGGCCUCGUGGAGAGACUGGAAUGUGCAGUCAGCCGCCUGGAGCACCUGUCCGCAGGGUCUCACGGGCCUCCUGGAGACUUCGGAGAAGUUAAUGGUGUCAAUGGAGGCAUGGCACCAUCCGUGGAAGCCUUUGACAAGCUGCUGAACAGUGUGGUGGUCGAGUUCUUGAAGAACAGCAGAGUCCUUGCUGGCGAUGUAGAGAUCCACGCAGAGAUGGUACACGGCGCUUUCCAGGCCCAGCGUGCUUUCCUCCUCAUGGCCUCUCAGUACCAACAACCCCAGGAGAAUGAGGUGGCUGUCCUCCUGAAACCCAUGUCGGAGAAGAUUCAGGAGAUACAGACUUUCCGAGAGAGAAACCGGGGGAGCGACAUGUUCAACCACCUCUCGGCGGUCAGUGAGAGCAUACCCGCCCUCGGGUGGAUAGCUGUGUCCCCCAAACCUGGUCCUUAUGUCAAGGAGAUGAAUGAUGCUGCCACCUUUUACACUAACAGGGUCCUGAAGGACUACAAACACAGUGACCCGCUUCACGUGGAUUGGGUGAAGUCCUAUCUCAACAUCUGGAGCGAGCUUCAAGCCUACAUCAAGGAGCACCACACCACGGGCCUUGCUUGGAGCAAAACAGGUCCUGUAGCAUCCGCGGCAUCUGUGUUUUCUAUCCUCUCCUCUGGGCCUGGUCUCCCUCCACCACCUCCGCCGCCACCUCCCCCUGGGCCACCUCCACUUUUUGAGAAUGAGGGUAAAACUGAGGCGUCCUCUCCUUCUCGAUCAGCCUUAUUCGCCCAGCUUAAUCAGGGAGAAGCCAUCACAAAAGGGCUCCGGCAUGUCACAGACGACCAGAAGACAUAUAAGAAUCCCAGCCUGAGGGCUCAAGGACAAAUUCAGUCUCCAACCAAAAGCCACACCCCAAGCCCCACCUCUGCAAAAACGAAUUCUCCUCAGAAACACACUCCAGUGUUCGAGCUGGAGGGGAAGAAGUGGAGAGUGGAAUACCAAGAGGAUAGGAAUGACCUUGUCAUCUCAGAGACCGAGCUGAAACAAGUGGCUUACAUUUUCAAAUGUGACAAAUCAACUCUUCAGAUAAAGGGAAAAGUAAACUCCAUCACUGUUGAUAAUUGCAAGAAGUUUGGGCUGGUGUUUGAUAAUGUGGUAGGCAUUGUGGAAGUGAUCAACUCCAAGGACAUUCAGAUCCAGGUCAUGGGGAGAGUGCCAACAAUUUCCAUUAAUAAGACAGAAGGAUGCCACCUGUACCUCAGCGAGGAUGCGCUGGACUGUGAGAUCGUGAGUGCCAAGUCAUCUGAGAUGAAUGUCCUGGUCCCUCAGGGUGACGAUUAUAGAGAAUUCCCCGUUCCUGAGCAAUUCAAGACAAUAUGGGAUGGAUCCAAGCUGGUCACCGUACCCGCAGAAAUUAUGGCCUAAUCUCCAGGAGAUACCCUUCCCGGAGUCUGCUCUAGCAAAGAGAAGCAAGCAGCUAGUAGAUUUCAGCACACACCCGUCCUGUGUCAGCAUCCUGCAGUUCUGUGCUGUGGAAAUGGUGUCUUUUCUGGCACGCUUUUGUGGGCACUUUGAAAUAUUUAACAUUUGAUCAUGAUUUGUGUGUGAUUUUAGUUCCACAUGAUAACUAGUGAGCACAUCAGAAUUAAAAAAAAAAAAAAAAAAGAAUCCUGUUCCCAUCAUAUCAUGAACUCUGUAACUGGUAAAUAAAGGCCCCUGCUCCUUUCUUCACUUAGGUUCAAUUGCUGGUUGAAAAACGAAGCCUUAGAACAUCUAUGUAUGUUUUCACCUUUUAGCCAAAUUUAAUGUGAUGAAAUAGUCUUGUGCCCUGAAAAAUACGACUCUUCUUUUUAAUUUUUACAUGUUCACCAUUAUCAGCAUGGAUACCUUGUCAACAUGAACUUAUACUUCAAUUAUGCUUUUACAAACACACACAUAUGCACCAAGAGGAAAAUUCUAAGGACCAAACUCAGUUUCUAGGUCCUGGAGAAAACAAAAUAUCCUUCAAAGUUACUGAAAAACAAAAAGUGUUCUAACCAUCCAUCUUAAAUAUUUUUCUGCUGAAUCACUUGAAAACUCUUAUUUGUCUGCCUAUUCCUAAGACAAAGGGCAGGAGGGGACUCAGUCCUUGUUUUUUGGGUUUUGGGUUUUGGGUUUUUUGCUAUGUAAUAGUUCACGGUUCUGCUCCAACAGCUCAACCUUUGCUUUCUGGUUUUGAAGUCGCUCACGCUAUCGACCACCCUGCUCAGGUCGCUAACGCUCAUUAGAGGUGAGCUCCUUUUCCGUCGGCCUGGCUCGCUGGCGCGAACCAGCUAACCAGCCUCAAAGAGGGACUCCGAGAGCCGCCCCAUUGCUGCCCGCAGCACGCGUUGUCUGGCUCUGCUCCGGUCUUCCGGUUUUGAUAGUACACGCUUUUUUUCAGGUGAACAAAUGCUCUCUGUGUCUCCCCUCUGCACACGGCUGAGAACCCUGCAGCUUUUUAGGUCACGCUUAACGAAAUGGAGCGCGAUGCUUUUGGAGCCCGUGGGAGCUAGGCUGUGCGUGUGAGGGCCUGUCUGAGUAUCAUUUUCAGUUUCUGAAUAGCUUCGAUAUCCAUACGGUAUUCAGGUCGGUGAUGUUUGUAUAUCAAGAUUUUGCUAUAAACGUUCCGUCCUUAUGAAUCAUGUUGUGGCUUAAGUAAAUAUAAUUUUUGAAAAGUAAAGUAAUACUAAGUAAAAAAGUAAUUGUUUCAGUACUGAAA